GUAUGUUGGAAGUUUUGUUUUGCUUGAUAUUUUUUUUGUGUAGUCUUUGCUUUAUGUUGCAGCUGAAGACGAGUCAUUUAUGGCUUACAACCGAGAAAUGGACACUCGUUCCCUUCUCAAUGAAAGGAUGAAUGUUUCUUCCUCAUCUGAUACCAAAGAGUGGGACACUGUGGACCAAAUGCCUUUGGGUGGAAAGACCUUAUCUGAAUGGCUGAGUGAGUUAGAUGCAAUUACUAAAGAAGUCGAGGCGGAGCCAGUUUCAAGGGACAUAGGCUGCCAUCUGGUUGAAGUUUUGCAGGCAGUCAAUUUAGUUCUUUUUGAGUUGAGAGGCUUUAAAAGAUCCCCUGCUCUUGUAGACUCUAAGCAUUCAUACUUACACAAAGUGCUGAGCUCUGGAUGUGGCAGUGCAACUUUGGUUAGCAUAAUUUACAUUGAAGUUUGUCCGCGACUUGGUCUAUCUAUCUUGGGCUCUCGUGUUGGGGAAGAUUUUCUGAUAUGGCCGCAGACAGCAUACCCAGAGCCCAGAGGUUACUUCAAUCUUGAAAAUUCAUCUUUGCAUUUUACUUUAAUGCUGCGUGAUUCUUAG